AUGAAUGCCCCCGAGGGCCUACCAAUGCCGCCAGCAAUCUGGCAGGAAGCGCGCAAUGCAGAAGGCAGGGUUUACUAUUACAAUGUUCAAACCAAAGCCACCCAAUGGACCAAACCGUUGGAGCUAAUGACACCAGUGGAGCGCGCUUUGUCAAAUCAACCAUGGAAGGAAUAUACAGCUGCGGGUGGACGGAAGUACUGGUAUAACACCGAAACCAAACAAAGCUCUUGGGAAAUGCCUGAAGUUUACAAAAAUGCUCAAGCUCAAGCCCAGCCUCCGCCGAGGCCUACUCCUGCUGCUCCAACCUUUGUUGCCGGCGGUGCGAACGCAUUCCCAACUUACCAAACGCCCGUACAUGAUCGCGAAGAACAUGAUCGGAAUGCGAACGACCGACGACAUGGAUAUGGAGGAGGAGGUAUGGAUGUCAAUGGCGCAAAUGCAGCCCCCAUUGCUACCCAACAAUCCGACUCUGGUUUUGCUACAUUUGAGGAGGCAGAAGCUGCAUUCAUGAGACUCCUACGACGCAGCAACGUUCAACCUGAUUGGUCUUGGGAACAGGUAAUGCGCGCUGUUAUCAAGGACCCUCAAUAUCGUUCGUUAAAGGAUCCCAGGGACAGGAAAUCCGCAUUUGACAAAUAUGUGCUUGAAGUUCGCGCCCAAGAAAAGGACAAGGCAAAGGAAAGAUUUGCCAAGCUUAGGGCGGAUUUUGGUACGAUGUUGAAGAGUCACCCCGAGAUCAAACAUUAUACGCGCUGGAAAACAAUCCGACCUAUCAUCGAAGGUGAAACUAUAUUUCGAUCCACAGACGAUGAGAGUGAACGGAGACAGCUUUUUGAGGAGUAUAUCAUGGAGCUGAAGAAGGAGCAUGCAGAGAAGCAGGCUAAUGCACGCAAGUCUGCAAGGGAUGAUUUGGUCGACAUCCUAAAGACACUCAAUUUGGAACCUUACACUCGCUGGUCGGAAGCACAAGAGAUAAUCCAGUCAAACGAAAAAAUCCAAGCGGAUGAAAAGUUCAAAGCUUUGACUAAGUCAGAUAUUUUAACUGCCUUCGAGAACCACAUAAAAUCUCUUGAGAGGGUGUUCAAUGACCUCAGGCAACAGCAGAAAGCCAGUAAGGCUAGAAGGGAACGUCAAGCAAGAGACGCAUUUAUAUCUUUGCUACAGGAGCUUAGGUCACAAGGGAAAAUUAAAGCUGGAAGCAAAUGGGUCAAUAUUCACCCAUUGAUCGAGGAGGACCCACGAUAUACAGCGAUGCUUGGUCAGCCUGGAUCUACUCCUCUGGAUUUAUUCUGGGAUAUAGUUGAAGAAGAGGAGCGUGCUAUACGUGGAUCGAGAAAUGAUGUUCUGGAUGUCCUAGAUGACAAACGUUUCGAGACCACCCUAAAGACAACGUUCGACGAGUUCAAAGCAGUGAUGAAAACUGAUCGUCGCACUGCAGUGAUUGACCCAGAUACUCUUCAGCUUAUCUUUGAUCGUCUGCAAGAGAAGGUCCUUCGACGGACAGAGGACGAAAAACAUGCAGCCAAUCGACAGCAGCGACGAGCAAUUGACCUUUUGCGAUCACGUAUUAAACAUCUCGAGCCACCGGUCCAGGCAGCCGAUACAUGGGAGAAUGUCAAACCCAGGAUUGAAAAAAUGGAGGAGUACCGAGCGGUUGAUUCAGAUGAAGCGCGCCGCUCGGCGUUUGACAAAGUCGUCCGUCGCCUCAAGGAAAAAGAAGAGGAUGCAGAACGUGAUCGCGAGGCACGCGGAAGGGACCGACCUUCUCGACGUGAUCAUUAUGAAAGGGGUGAUCGAGGCGAUGACUCUCGCAGUGGCCAAAGAUGGCCAGUGUCUGGACGACACAGCCGUACCCCAGAACCCGACGCCUACGAAGCCGAUCGCCGCAAGGCCCAGGCAGACCGGGAACGAUCAUAUCGGAAAGCCAGUGGAUUCUCAUCACCUCCUAGCCAUCGUGAUCGUGAUCGUGAUCGUGAUCGCGAUCGAGGAAAGGACAGAGACAGAGAGCGUGAGCGUGAGCGAGAAAAGGAUAGGGAUAGGGGUCGGGACCGUGACAGAAGUUCAUCUCGACACCGCCGCGAUCGUCGCCCCCGAGAAGACGACCGUGAGAGACUAUACCAUAGUCGUGCUGACCCCCGAUCUAGCCGCGAUGAGCUCGAUUACGGAGGCGGUGAUACCGAUACUGCCCCUCGGAGUGUGACUAGCGAACGCCGCAGACGUCGAGACAGCGAUACCGAGAGUGUUGGCAGUCGGUCUGCAAAGCGGUACAGGCGGGAGCCCGAUCGAGCAGCAGCUAUCAAAGGCGCGAGGCGAGACAAGGGAAAAGAGGAGAAAGCAGCGCCUGUUGUAGAAGAGAAGGCAGUCCAUUCGGGUAGCGAGGAAGGGGAGAUCGAAGAAGAUUAA